AUGUGUUGUUCUCUAUUGUGGUCGCGCAGCAGGCGUCAGCCGUCGCAACAGUGGUCGCGCAGCAGGCGUCAGCCGUCGCAACGAAAUCUGUCUGCGACGUUUCGAGUAGCAAAUAACCUCGGCAAAUGUAAACAUACGGUGCCGCCGUCGCCGCAGCCGGUGGGAGCUGCAUUUUCAUUGGCUGCGUUAAAUUGUCGCGUCUCCUCGGUCGUCACGCAGGGUGUACCGCGAGCCGUUUGGUCGGUGAUUUUGCACGUCUCGCGCGCUGCUGUCCGUGACUGGAAUGUGAGUUUCGUGGAUUUUCGACCCUGGUUACGUGUGGUGAAUGGUUUUUUGAAGAAGCAGCUGAACGAUGCCGAUUUUAUCGACAAUCUGGAUGGAUGUACCGCUGCCACCGCCGCUGCUGCUGCUGCUGCUGCCGCCGCUGCUAAGAAGUUUCUCAUCACAUGUUUGUACAAUGUGAUGAGCUCCGAAGUCAGUGCUGUCGUAUCUGUCGAGUCCGAUAAUCCAGGACGAUGGCGCACUGUGAGCAUGACUGUGGGAGGAGACGAGUGUGAGGACGAAGCCGAAGUGAGCGAUCUCAGAGAAAGUCUGCGGGCUUGGAGCACAUUAGCCGGUCCAUCAUCUUCCAGUGCGGCUGUUGUCGACCAACAACUGUAUGAUCUUUCAUCCGACUGCGAUCCUGAAUUCGAAGCUGUGCUCAGCAGCGUCUUUGCCAAUGAAAAUCGACUGUUUCAGCCUCUUUCGGAUGAUACUGUAAGUCCACUGUUCCAGAGCCCGUUGGCACGCCAUCAUACUCCCAGCACAUGUUAUAUAUUCCUUUUCGUGCAAUUUCUAGUAUUAAUUUAUAUGCAUAUAUAA